CCAGUCACCGACCUAGCCAGGUCAAGGGAGGAGCGGUAACACGUGUGUCAUUUGCCGCCAGUCCGCCACAAGGAAGUUUACAUAUCGUCGAUAAGCUACAGUAGUUUUGGUUUAAUAACAAGUUUCGUAUAGCUUUUCGCUUACAUCAUUUCGCUGCUUGAUCAUGUCUGAGGUGUAAACGGUGUCUCAACAUAUUUUGUGGGAUUCAAGUCGUACGCAACAUUUAUUGUUUUUCGUCUCACGUGGCCUUCAUAUCGACGCGAUAUCUCCCUUAUCCGUUGCUAGUGUAUCCGCAAGAUACAAAACCUUGAGAAAGGUUGAGAAAACCCGUUAACAGAGACGACCUUACUGGUAAGGACUUUUGACCAGUUCGCCAUUCUGCCGAUAGCAACAGGAGAUAGAAAAAGAGUGCAAGGAUUCGUUACCUCAGCGACUGGAACAAUAAACUAUGGGUAAAGGGAGAGCAGCUAGUGUCGAAGUAGAAGGACACGUGCAGCUGAAAAAGCAGAUAACACUUUUGCAAAGUGUUGCCAUCAUCGUCGGUAUUAUCAUCGGUUCAGGCAUAUUUGUUUCACCGGUUGGCAUUUUACAACAUGUUAACUCAGUUGGGUUGUCACUUCUCAUGUGGGCAAUAUGUGGACUGUACAACACUUUGUGUGCACUGUGUUACGCAGAGCUGGGGGCAUGUCUCCCACAAUCAGGUGGUGAAUACAUAUACAUCAAGCGUGCAUUCGGUGACUACCCUGCCUUUGUGUGCCUGUGGAUAAACUUUGUGCUCAUCUGCCCAGUUGGAGUAGCAGCCUUAAGUCUCAUUGCUUCACUGUACAUCCUUCAGCCUAUAUUUCCAGACUGUGAUGUGCCACCCAUAGCAGAAAGGCUCAUUGCUAUCAUCUUGAUAUGUUUCCUAGUGCUGAUAAACUGCCGCAAUGUGAAAUGGGUGACUCGCUUGCAAGUUGUUAUGACCUCUUCAAAACUCAUUGCACUUGCUAUCAUCAUUAUCAUUGGAUUUAUUUAUUUAGGUCAAGGAAACAAUGAAAACUUUCGUAAUACAUUUGAAGACUCUGACUUCAGUGCUGGAGCCAUUGCUUUGUCCUUCUAUUCUGGUUUCUGGGCAUACAGUGGAUGGAGUUACCUGAAUUUCUUAACAGAGGAGCUGGUAAAUCCAAACAAGAAUCUACCUCGUGCUAUCAUGAUAUCUAUGGGUUUGGUGAUUUGUGUCUACCUGGUUGCCAACAUCGCUUAUUUAGGAGUUCUCUCACCCCGACAGAUGGUGCAGUCCACUGCAGUUGCUGUGACAUUUGCUAAACACACGAUGGGUGUGAUGCAGUGGUUGAUGCCCAUCCUUAUUGCCAUCUCUGUUAUAGGCACCAUGAAUGGGACCAUCCUUUCCAUGUCAAGGUUGUUCUUCAUUGGAGCCAAGAACAAUCACAUGCCACUCUUUAUGUCUAUGAUCCAGCAAACCUAUCUCACACCUUCAAUGUCCCUGCUAGUAAUUCUGUCCUUGGUGAUAUGUUUCCAGUUAUCUGGAGAUAUUUGGUAUUUAAUCGAAAUGGAAGGAUUUGGCUUUGCUACUGUCUUGUCCAUUGUAUUUGCUGGACAAGUGUAUCUGCGAUAUAAAGAACCCAAUUUAAAACGGCCAAUUAGAGUUCCUAUUGCACUUCCAGCAGUCCUUUGUCUGGUCAGUGUGGCCAUUGUGGGUCUAACCUUUUACCAGAAGCCUACAGAGUCGCUGACUGCACUGGGAAUUACUGCUAUUGGAACAGUGCUAUAUAUUAUUGGGAACCGGUGGAAUCCAAAACCUCAAGCUAUACAAUCAAGAAUUGAUGCGGUAAACAUCUUUAUUCAAAGGCUGUUUUUGGUUGUACCACAACAUAAUCCUGAUGAGCUGGACUGGGAAUGAUAAUGAAGCUACUUUUAUAUGAAAUUAAUUUGGCUGUAGCCCAUCAUUCGCUUGAACCAUAUAUUGAACAAGAAGGAAAACUAAUUCCAGAGAAAGAGAAGAUGAAAACGUUCAUUGGUGAUAUCAAGUCAUUUUCUCAGACUGUUUGGGAGUUGGAGAAGGGGAGUACCUAGUAGUGUGAACGCAUUUGAAGCUUAUGCAUUGUGUAUAUUUCUUCAGAUAGAGCUGAUAUUUCAACACCAUUUACAUUUUAAUGUCACCAAAAUGUUUGAGAUGUGUGUGUGCAUGCAUGUAUAUCUAUGCAUAUCCGGCAUAUGCAUACGUGUGUAUGGAUGACUCUUCUUGGUCUUGAACUGUUUAAUGUUAGUAUUUUCAGUUAUUAUAUACUUUGCUUUACAUCACAAAUGCUUGAUAAAAGUCUAGUUUAUAUUUUUAUGUCUAUGACAUGUUACUGCUUUGGUGAUUUUUUUAAAUUAAAGACACUUUACACAUGCUUUUUGAAUGUGGAAAUUCUAUGGUCAAUAUUGAUGCUAGUAUGCAUGCAGUAUGACAGAUAAUGGUUAAUACCAGAUGCAUUUCAUAUUUUUCCUGUUAAUCAGCUUUGAUGUUUACAUUUUGUGUGUACCAAUGAAAGAUUUACUGGGGUUUUUUUUUUUCAGUAUUGAAAGGAAAUUCAUUGUGUUGAUUUGGAUGUGAGGUUGCUUUUUUUUUUUUUUAUGAGAUGGGCUUUCUGGAAUUUUAUGACAGUCUUUACCCACCCCCACUUUCACUUCUGCCCAGGCAGGCAGGAUUAAUGCAGCAGUUUGUGACACAAAAACUUACUGAGUUAAAAAUACUUUUUUUAUAUUGAAAAUUUGUAUUUUUAAGUGCUGCACUUGUCCCAUGGUUUUUCCUUUUUUUCAUACUUCAGCUUGAAGAAUGGAUGCAAAUUGAUGAGCAUGCGGAGAGUAAAUUGUUCAAAACUAUAUUUUUGAGUGAAUUGAGGCUGUAAAUGAAAAGAGCUUUCUGUAAUGUCAUGAACUUGUAUUACUGGACUGCUGGCAGACGAUUUUUUCAAGUUAACUACUAAAACAAGGCAUGCUUGUACAAAGCUUCCAAGUUAGUCACAUUCUGUUUUGGCUCGCCGAGACUAACAGCAGAGAACUUCGCAAGAGGGUAAGCAUUGGUCUUGCCAGACAGACAGCAAUCCACCUAUACACAUCCAUGGUAGUGUCUACUGACUAUGAAUGAAUCCUUUUUUGUGUUCAUUAUAUCAGUUUCAUCAUUAAAGUUUGAUUUAUUGUGAUUGCUCUUGGUUUUUUUUUUUUUUACUAGUGCUUACACUGGCAUUAUUUCUGUUUUGACUUUUAUAUAUAUUAUUUUAUCUGAAGUGGAGUAAUUGUGAUUAUAUAUAUAUUAUGGACAUUUGAAAAGGAGAAUUAUUACUUGUUACUUUGGUAUUAUUGGUAGAUUAUAUUUUAAGGAUAUUGGGAAGUGAACAUUUUAAGGCUACUUUUUUUUUAGUUAAAAAUCCUCAUUCAUAUAAAAGACUACUCAAAAAAAGUAGAGGAGAGGGGGACUAGAGAUUUUGAAAUUUUAUGUAAUCAGCAUUAUUUUGUAAUUGGUUAGAUCCACUUUGUGACAAGCGGAUCUUGAAUAAUAUGUAAAUUUCUUUUCAGUCAUUAAAAAAAGUUGUAAUGGGGUGUUCAAGAAUUAUUUAUUGCUGAUCUUGUAGUCUGUCUUUGGGAAAAAUAAGGACAAUAUCUUGUGUCACUUAGGAAAAGCUACAGUGUGUGUUAAACAUGAUUCCUUUUCUUAACCUUGUGCUCUGGGAAACUGGAUAAAGGCAUCAUGUUCUAUUAAUGUGUGAAGCACUUUAAGCUUUGCGGAUGUUUUCCUUUUGCGUGCUACUUUUAUCUCAUUAGGGGCCGUUGGAGUUGUAUUUCUUUGACACUUUUUUUUUUUUUUUAAGUUGUUUAUUUAUUUCAGUGGUGCCCAUCCUUUUCUCUCCGAGGGCUGCACUGGACAUGAUAAAAUCUCGCUGGCCUGAACAUAUUGAUUUUGUAAGAAUCAUGACAUUAAAAAUGAAAUUAUACUGUCUGGUUAAAAUGAGUGGGCUGGAUGAGGCACCUUCGCGGGCCUUAGGUUGGGCACUCCUGAUUUAGUUUAUUACAGUUCUUGUCUUUGUUGUAGAAGAGGGUAAGGUAUUUCUUUAAAAGCUUGUGCAAAAUGUGUGACAUUGGUUUGCAUUGAAUAUUUUUCUUAGUAUUUAAUUUUAGCUUAGUGUUCAGUUUCUGCAUCAGUAUUCUAUUUUUGUGCUGUGAGAAUGCAUUAAAACCCUGAACAAGGGAAGAGCUGAAGCAGAACAAGGGGUGUGCUAGUGCAUGCGUUUGUACAUAAGCAGGGUGAAGAUGGGGGAUGGGGAGUUGAUUGUUUCUUCCUGUCGUUCUUCAUACCAUAUAGUUGAGUGUAAGAGUAUGCAAGUAGAAACAAGGUGUCUUUGAAGGUUCUAGUGAUAAACUUGUGUUGGUAGGGGCUUUCUUUUUUUUUUUUUCUUUUGCAGGAGCUACAAGCAUUUGAGAAAUGCCAAAAAACAAAAAACUGUUACCAAAGUCUUCAUGACCAUUUGUGCCAUUUUGAAAAAGCAUUGUUUUCAAAUAGAAAGUCACAAUGUAAUAUGCAUGCAGUUCUGCAUCACUUGAAAUUUCUCUUGCCCUUUGUUGCCUUCCUGUUGCUCAUGCAUUUAUCAUUUGGUUUAAAUAAUAAAAAAAAUUACUUUCCAA